UUGGCGAGGUCGGCCUCAGGGUCCGGCCACGCCCCCACGUCGGCGCGGUCCGGGGACCUUCCGUGAGCGUUGAUAUGAUUGGCCGGAGAAGUUUAGCCCUCUUUUCCUCCCUGGCUGCUUGAAGAUCAGCCGCCAUCAUGAACGACACAGUAACUAUCCGGACUAGGAAGUUCAUGACCAACCGACUGCUUCAGCGGAAACAAAUGGUCAUUGAUGUUCUUCACCCUGGAAAGGCAACAGUACCUAAAACAGAAAUUCGGGAAAAACUGGCCAAAAUGUACAAGACCACACCAGAUGUCAUCUUUGUAUUUGGAUUCAGAACCCAUUUUGGUGGUGGCAAGACAACUGGCUUCGGCAUGAUUUAUGACUCCUUGGAUUACGCGAAGAAGAAUGAGCCCAAACAUAGGCUUGCAAGACAUGGCCUGUAUGAGAAGAAAAAGACCUCAAGAAAACAGCGAAAAGAACGCAAGAACAGAAUGAAGAAAGUCAGGGGGACUGCAAAGGCCAAUGUUGGUGCUGGCAAAAAGUGAGCUGGAGAUUGGACAACAGAAGGAGUAAAGAUUCUGCAGUGACUGUAUCUGUGGUGCUUGUGCAGAUUUUUCAUGAAAGAAUAAACUAAGACCUUUUCCAUGUC